AUGGUUGCAGAGGUCAGAACAGCUGCUGUGGCCAGAGAUAGAAUCGAGAAAACUCCUGCAUUCGCCACUCUGCCAGCAUCCAGGAAGAAGGCUGUCCCAAAAGGGAAACCCACGACCAGUCCUCGUGUAAUGACGCAGAGUACUCCCUAUGAGUGCAAGACCUGUGGUAUUAGCAAUUUUGCCAAUGUGCAGGAGUACUACCAUCAUUUCGGAGAGAAACACGGUGGGUUAGGAUGCCGCCACUGCUCAGUGAAGUUCAACUCUCUGGACGAGCUGGGCUACCAUUUGUUCUUGGCCCACAAGGAGAAGCUUUUCAUGUGUAACAAGUGUGGCUUUGGGGCACUGUCCACUACGGCCCUCAGACAGCAUAUGUUGGACCUGCACGAAAAGGUGCGGUGUAACUUAUGUGGUCGGUGCUAUGAGGGGAAGGCAUACAGAAUCCACCUCAUGGGGCACACAAAGAAGUGUCAUGUCAGAAUAGAGAGGUUAUCACGUAGGGUUCUGAAGAAGUAUGGAAUUAGUGGACUUUCUAAGGAGAUUGAUGUGGGUAACGCUGUUGUUAAGGACAACGGCAGUAUCCCCAGGAAUGAUGUUGCUCUCGAAGAUGAUGUUGUAGUUGUGGAAUAA